AUAACUAUAUGUAUGUAUAUAUAGUUUUAUUUCUCUUUUUCCUUUGUACGAAGCAAAACUUGGUUUCGUUUUUCGUUGAUGGCGAUCUUCUCAAAAGUUUCAAGUACCACUGACAGUCAUGUCAUUUUUUACGAAAACUGUCUUUUAUUAUUAACUAUUCCGGUAAACAAAAUGUGGUAUAAUUAUUGACAAUAAUAAUAAUAAAAACAACAAAAAAUAUAUACAUAGAGUAUUUAAUAAACGUGUUAUAUAUAUAUAAAUACAACAAUAUAUUUAUAAUUUACUAUCAACCACGAUGUGGAAGUGUCAUAAAUGCGGAAAACCUGUUUAUUUUGCUGAAAGAAAACAAUCGUUGGGCUACGAUUGGCAUCCUGAAUGUUUAAGAUGCGAGGAGUGCGGUAAAAGAUUAAAUCCAGGCCAACACGCUGAGCAUAAAGGAGUGCCUUACUGUCAUGUUCCUUGUUACGGUGCGUUGUUCGGUCCUCAGUUGUUUGGUCAUGGUACUAGAGUUGAAUCUCAUACAAGUUUUGGUAAAAAAGAACCUCGAUCAACUUUACCAAGAUCGCAUUUAGAAACAAAGUUAAAAGUUUUUAAUCAGUAUUAUGAGGGCAAAAGUGGUGGAAUAAGAAGUAGAGAAGUAAAUGGAAGAUUAAUUCUCGAAGGUGCUUUAAGAAUUUAUUGGGGAGUACGCGGUGUUAUCCAUUUAAAGGAAGAUGAUGAUCAACGAACAGUUGUAACAGCAAGAAAUCGAAAUUCCUGUCGACGAAGUGUUGCUGAAAAAGUUGAAGAUGAAGAUGAUGAUGACGAUGAUAAUGACCAUGAGAAUCAAAAACGUACCAACCCAAGUAACAAAGAUUUAUCACCAACAGAAAGUCAUUUGGAAAGCGAGCCGAAUUCCGUGCCUACGUCACCAGAUCACUUGAAAAGCCUCACGUUACCGAUGAAACUCGAUGUGAAGAAUAUGGAACUAGACGAAUUAGAUGAGCUGCUGCAAGUUGAACGAAAAGUUGAGGACGGUGAUAAAUUGUAUCAAACCAUGCCGGAAAAUUUGCCAUCAAUGUCACACUCUGUGACUGAAACUUCUCAGUCAGCAAGUCAGUCAAGUCUUGAUGGAUCAACGGAGAAUCGAAGUUCAAUGGCCAACAGUAGUACUAGUUCUCAGAAUAAAACAAAUGACAGUAGUAUCAACAGUACACCGACGCACAGCUUAGAUAGUACUUCGUCCAGUACUGACACCCCUAAUAAUUGCCAUGGAACUCCUAAUAGAAAUGGUAAUUUACGUAGAGUUGAGUACUAUGAUAGCUUGGAGAAGAACAACAACAGUCGUAGAAUGAGUAAUGAUGAUAGCUGGAUCGAGAAAGGAUUGAAUCGCUCGAUGUCUGGGCCUGAUUGCCUUCAAAGACAUCGCGAGGACAGUGACACUGAUUCUGUAAAUUCUCUACACUUUCGCGAUGAUGACAAUAUGACUAUGUCGACGGACAGCGGAUUGGAGCUUGAUGGCGUUGUCUUACGUCGAAAACAAGGCUCUACUGCAAUACGUCGACGUCCUGGUGGCAGGAGACAGUCUCGAAGUCGAUUGCGUCGUCGCUGUUCUAUCAAUGGGCAUUUUUAUAACCGUGAAACAAGUUUCUUUACUCCACCACAUGGAUCACAAAUGUCUGUCUGGGUUACUAGUCUUGUUAGCACCCAAGAAGUUAUUAAUUUAAUGCUCGAUAAAUAUAAAGUCGACGCUAAACCUGAUAACUUUGCUUUGUUUGUUGUACGGGACAAUGGAGAACAACGCAGAUUAAGGGAUGAUGAAUAUCCUCUUGAAGUCCGUGUAGCUCUUGGACCUCAUGAAAAUAUUGCUCGUCUAUUUCUCGUCGACAAAUUAUCGACACCUGAAAUAAGUUCGGACGUCGCGCAAUUUUUAAAUCUUUCAUUAGCUGAGUGUCAGGGAAUUUUGCAACGAUAUCAUUACGAAGAAGAGAAACAGAUUUUGUUAUUAAAAGAAAAGUACAAGGAAAUGAGGCGGAGAAUCAAACAACGAAUGGAAGAACUGAAAGUCCGGUUAUAGGUGAGAAAUGAGAUUAAAUUUUCUUUUUUUAGAACUUUUUAUUAAAUUAGUUCUUGUUUUCUUCCAAUUACUAGUAUUCUCAAUCAAGAUAGUCUAUCAUUUUUAUUUUAAGCACAUCAAGUGCUAACAUGAAUUGCUCUUUCGAAUAGGAUUAUUUUUAUUUUUUUUUUAAUUACUUUUUUCAUCAAUAUGUUACCUGAAAUGAGUUUACAUUCAGAACAAAUAUAAUGAAUCCGAUGGCAAUAAUUAAUUGAACAUCGACGUGUCUACAUAUCGAUUGUUUAUCUUUCGAGUUAAAAAGGCUGGCAAAUUCAAAUUAAUUUUUUAAUUAAUCAAAAAUAUAGGGUUAAGCAUGCUUUUACUAACGUAAUUUUUUAAAUAUUUACAUUAUUGAGCUUUAUUUUAUGAAGUUAUGCAUUAUAUAAUUAAAUCGCAUAAGUAAAUUUUA